AUGAGCACCACUAGAUUACUCUUUCGUCGUAACUCAAGACCAUCGGAUCUUUGUCUUCCUUCUUCUUCGCCGAAUCGUUAUCUUUUGCGUACAAGAAUCAUUAAAUGCUCGUUGAGGCAAGGAUCGGACGAUCAGAAUCAGAAAUCGUCUUUUGAAGAUAAAAAGAGAAAAUCAACGGUGGAGAUCAUGAAAGCUAAUUGUAUGCCUAGCUCAGAGAUUGUUGUGAUCACUAAGGAGGCACAAGUACGACGAAGAUUGAUUGAUUUGGUGUUUCUUGUCACAAAAGUAACCGAUUUUGUUCUUACGGAGUUAAGGCAAGCUAUCAAAAGACGGCCAUGGAAACUGCUAAUUGAGAGAUAUAUGGAAAGGGUGAUAAUUGACUGCAGAUUCUUCACUUUAUUUGCCGUUGCUGGAACUUUAUUGGGUUCCGUACUGUGUUUCUUUGAGGGUUCUUGCCGUAUCUUAGAAUGCUACACACAUUAUCUUAAAGGAUUGUCGCAUGGAGCAAAGGGAAACACACUUCAUAUUCUAAUCGAAGCCUUAGAUAUGUUCUUGUUCGGAACGUCAAUGCUAGUUCUAGGAAUGGCUUUUCAUAACAUGUUUGUGAGAUGUAGAACCGACCAAAGUAAUCAACCAACACGUGGCAUUCGCACGAUUGGUGAAGCAAAGACGAGAAUUGGGUAUGCAGUGGUAAUGAUACUUCAUGUUGGGAUGGUCGAGAAGUUCAAGACGACUCCAUUGGUGACAUGUGUUGACCUCGCAUGCUUUGCUGCAUCACUCUUUGUUUCUUCGGCUUCCAUGUUCAUAUUCUCCAAAUUGUCUUCCCUUUAG